GCAACAGUUUAAUGAAUAUGUAGACAUUUGUGUAUAAGUGAGCCUUUUAUGAUUAUAGUUUAGUUUUAAUUUGUUUGUCUAAAAGUAGCUAGUACGUGUAAAACCUGUAGAAUGGUGUGUACCGUGUAAAUUGCGUGUUUUGUUUAUGUAGACUAAUUUAUAAUGUUUUAUUUGUGUAGUCUUUUGUGUAGCAUGCAGCCUAUAAAAUAAAGAUAACAAAUUGUAAUGCGAGAGGUUAAUGUUAACAAUUUAUUGAACGCCGCUGUAGGUUUAGAUGCUACAGUGUUGUAAGCGUAACUGAGGUUAGAUAAUAGGAAAAUAAUGAUAAAGUAGUAGCUUUCUGAUUGAAUGAAUGAUAAAAAAAAAUUAAAAUAGAAUGAAACAGUAAUCGUAUUGAAGUGAGCUGAGUGAAUCCUUAAAACUCUGUGUGUGGACAGCUCGCGCUCAGUCUCUUGAAACUAAACUGGCAGCGUAGACUGCGCCUCGUUUAUAAGGAAAGCGUUCUAGUUUUGACGUUUCGCAACGCAAGCAAUGUAGAUGGGGUGACAGAAUAGGCACAGCUCAACCGAAAGCGGCAGAACCGGUCAGACGCCUCAAAACCCGGAAGACACGCUGGUUAAGGAUGGAAAAGAUCUUCCUUCAUUUCACUUGAUUAAACUUUACUGAAAAACACAAAACUUCGACAUCCAUCUGUCACUCCUUGUCAUACUACUUUGAUCAGGAUGGCAGCGUCCGCGAUCUUCAUCCUGGACCUGAAAGGCAAGGUUCUUAUAUGCCGGAACUACAUGGGCAACAUAGACAUGAAUGAGAUUGACAGCUUCAUGCCCAUAAUGAUGAAGAGAGAGGAAGACGCAGAUCUGUCACCUGUUGUUAUUCAUGGGUCCACCCACUUUCUCUGGAUUAAGCACAGCAACCUGUACUUGGUUGCAAUGACUAAGAAGAAUACUAAUGCUGCCCUUGUAUACUCCUUCCUGUACAAAAUAGUGGAGGUGUUCACAGAAUACUUCAAGUCAGUGGAAGAAGAGAGUAUUCGAGACAAUUUUGUGACAGUAUAUGAGCUAAUGGAUGAAGUAAUGGACUUUGGCUUCCCUCAGACCACUGACAGCAAGAUCUUACUGGAGUACAUCACACAGCAGGGGCAUAAGCUGGAUGUGGGAGCACCACGCCCACCAGCUACAGUAACUAAUGCUGUGUCUUGGAGGUCAGAGGGCAUCAAAUACAGGAAGAAUGAAGUUUUUAUGGACGUCAUUGAGUCUGUCAACCUACUGGUCAGUGCUACAGGUAGUGUUCUGCGAAGCGAGAUUUUGGGCUGCAUCAAACUCAAAGUUGUUCUCUCAGGCAUGCCUGAGCUCAGACUGGGACUCAAUGACAAAGUUCUCUUCGAGGUCACCGGCAGAGAGAAGAGUAAGUCUGUGGAGCUGGAAGAUGUGAAGUUUCAUCAGUGUGUGCGUCUCUCUCGCUUUGAGAAUGACAGGACGAUCUCUUUCAUCCCACCUGAUGGAGAAAGUGAACUCAUGUCUUACAGACUCAACACUACGGUGAAGCCUCUAAUAUGGAUUGAGAGCGUAAUUGAGAAGUUCUCUCACAGUCGAGUAGAGAUCAAGGUUAAGGCCCGCAGUCAGUUCAAGAGCCGCUCCACUGCCAACAGUGUAUCCAUCCUAGUGCCUGUUCCCAGUGAUGCUGACUCCCCCAAAUUUAAGACCACCACAGGCCAGGCUAAAUGGGUCCCUGAGAAGAAUGCUGUAGAGUGGAACAUUAAAUCCUUCCCUGGGGGGAAGGAGUACAUGAUGAGAGCUCAUUUUGGACUGCCGAGUGUGGAAAGUAAUGAACUUGAAGGAAAGCGACCAAUCACAGUGAAGUUUGAGAUCCCAUAUUUCACAGUCUCUGGCAUUCAGGUGCGAUACUUGAAAAUUAUUGAGAAGAGUGGCUACGAGGCAUUACCAUGGGUGCGUUAUAUUACUCAGAGCGGAGAUUAUCAGCUGAGGACCAACUGAGGGAAGAUGUACAGUAUUUUGGACAAUGGCCGUGUGUCUUGCGUCUCCUGUAUGUCCUGUUUCAUCAGUGAGACAACUACUGCCCUUCACACAGCAGGCAGGCGGCUAAAUCCUCCCUCUUGCUCUCAUAUUCUGCACUUCUGGAUGUGCAGGUCUUUUGAAUGAGAUCAUGUUUUAACAAAUUAACCAACAAGGAAGCCUUACCACAAAACUACUGAGAAAACCCCACAGAACAAUUGAUUUUUCAUUACACCUUAGUAGCCAGUUGCAACAGACCCCCAAAAAUGAAAAUUAUCCCAUAAUUUACUCACCCUCAAGCCAUCCUAGUUGUAUAUGACUUUCUUCUUUCAGCCAAACACAAUCGGAGUUAUAUAAAAAAAAAUAUCCAGGCUCUUCCAAGCUUUAUAAUGGGAGUGAAUGGUACCUUAGAUUUUGAAGCCCAAAAAGUGCAUCCAUCCAUCCAUCAAACAAGUAAUCCAUACGGCUCCAGGGGGUUAAUAUAGGCCUUCUGAAGCAAAGUGAUGUAAUAUUUUUAACUUUAUAAACUAUAAUCACUGGCUUCCGGUAACGGCCCUCCGCGCGUUCACGAGAGAGUCAAGGUCUGCCAUAUGACGUAGGCGUAGUAAGCUCCAGUGAGAAGUGACGAACGUGGAAGCGCAGAGGAUAGAGGAAAACAAAACGCCGGUCACGAAUUAGAAGACAACAACAAGGAUUUUUAAAGAAAAAUGUCAGAGGAUUUCGAUAUAAGAGAAGAGGAUAUUUAGUUUUUUGCCCAUCCCUGAUUUUUUGAACCGGAGUACACCAACUACAAACUCCGGGAGAUGGAGGAGGUGCACAUUUUUGGGCUUCAAAAUCUGAAGAGCCAGAAUAUUUUUUUAAUAUAACUCCGAUUGUGUUUGGCUGAAAGAAUAAAGUAAAAUACAACUAGGAUAGCUUGAGGGAGUGUAAACUAUGGGAUAAUUUUCAUUUUUGGGUGAACUAACCCUUUAAGUUUAGAAAAUAUCUUUACAAUUAUUACUUAAAAUUAAGGGGUUUGUUGCAACUGGUCACAGGCCCUAUUUUGCAUUUGGUUUAACUAUGCUGUAUUUAAAGCAAGUUACUGCAAUAUAUAGUUACAUUUCUAUGUUUAAUUUCAAUUUAUAAUGUGUUCUAGUUAGACUUUUGCAUUUUAAAUCAAGCAAAUGAAAUUAUUUCACAUUGUUAUAUUUGCUUGAUUGGUAUCAGCUGUUUAUUUCUAUUGCUGUUGUAGGUGAAUGAGCUAUCUUACAGUGUGAUAUGAUCUAAUGUCUGUAGAGUUGAAAAGAUAUCCACAGGCCCAGUGAAAUGAAUACCUAGUGCUCAAAAUCAAUGAUUAAUAAGGCAACAUACUGUUAGGACAGCACUGUAACACUAUAUUUUACCACAGUGGCUCUGUAUCUUUGCCUUUGGUUUGUAUGUGCUUACUCAAAAUACCAGCAGUGCAUACACACACAACCUCACAUUGGUAGAUUGAAAAGUGGAAUUGCUAAUGUUCCUUUAUGACAGUUUCUUUCCCGUUUAAGUACCUCCACAGACCCAUCAGUCAAUGGUCAAGUACCCCUUCAGUGAUACCAAACAAGAAAUGUAUAGUUGGGAUAGUUCACCCAAAAAUCAUAAUUUACCCACUUUAAUGCCAUACCAGAUGUGUAUGACUUUCUUUCUGCUGCUGAACACAAACUGAUAUUUUUAGAAGAAUAUCUCAGCUCUAUAGGUCCUUUCAAUGCAAGUGAAUGCUGGCCAGAACUUUGAAGCUCCAAAAAUCACAUAAAGGCAUCAUAAAAGUAAUCCAUACAGCUCCAGUGGUUUAAUAUAUGUCUUCUGAGGUGAUGCAAUGAAUUUGGGUGAGAAGCAUACAUUUUUAGAUGUUUUACUAUAAAUCUCCAGUAUCACUUUCACUUGAUAGAAAAAAAUUACUUAAAUAUUUAUCUGUUUCUCACCCACACCUAUUAUAUUGCUUCAUAAGACGUAGAUUUAACCACUGGGGACAUAUGGAUUAAUUUUAUUCUGCCUUUUUGUUAAUUUUUUUGGAGUUUGAAAGGUCACAUUCACUUGCAUUGUAUGGACCUACAGAGCUGAAAUAUUCUUCUAAAAAUAUUUGUUUGUGUUCCGCAGAAGAAAGAAAGUCAUCCACGUUUUGGGUGGCAUGAGGGUGAGUAAAUGAUAAGAUAAUUAAAAGGUUUUGUGUGAACUAAUCCUUUAAAUCACAUUAUUCAUUAUCAUUAAUAUUAUUAGUGUCACCUUUGAACAAAGAACAAUCAAUUCUAAAGGUCAACAGACUCAUCAAUUACACAUUUGUUGUGCUAUGAGUGUCAUCCACACACAUUUAGAAAACAUACAUAUUAUUUUGUUAUCGUACACAUUAUCUUUCGAUAAAAUAUUUUUUUUUCCUUUGACAGCCCUAGUAACUAUAAGUCAUCGUUUCUGUUUUAUUGGUUUUACAAAGCAAAAUUUGAAUCUUUUCCAGUACCCCCUAUUGUACAUGUACACCUGGUUGGGAAUAAUUGCCCUGUGACAUAGCCAUUAACCUACCAGCAAAUAACCCAUUUUCACACUGAUGUCAGCAAUUGCAUUUUUUGUUAUUUAAUCCACAGCAGUCAACACGCCACCUGAUUGUUCACAUUUUUAAUUCACAUAUUCAUUUUCUUCUUUUUGGACCUGAUAUUGCAAAUGUUAAUGUUGGGAUAAUCCUCCUAGAUUUCCCUUCAUACAGCAUGCAUUGCACCACUUGUUUUAUCAAUGUGGCAGAUGUGUGUGUGGAAUAAAGUCUGCCACUUUUGCAGAGAUUGCAGAAUAUAUUAUUUAGUCUUUCACAUCAAAACGGCAUCCUCAUUUAUUUACCAAAGGUCAGCGGUGUGGUAACAUCCCGAUAUUUAUUCCACCUUGAUGCUGAUUCUGAAAUACUCUAUGCAGUUUUUAUCUUUUUUUAUAUAGGUAUAUAUAUAUUUUAUUGUUCAAUAUUACUAUAAGGUCAUUGUGAGAAAAUACCUGGACUUUCAUUUUGGAAGUGUUUUGUGAUAAUUUUCUGACCUGUAUGGGAUAUGGUCUCUUUAGUAUUAUUUGCAUGUGAAUAUUGCAAUAGCUGUUGAAAUAAAUUGCUGUUUUAUUCAGCUGCAGCCGUGGGCUCAAAAUAUUAAAUAUAUCUGGGGUAUUAUCAUAGUACGAGUAAAUAGAUUUGUUUUGUUUUUUAAAUCAUCAAUAAAUAUGGAUGCUGACUCUAUGUGUUGCUAUUUUAGAUUGACUAAGUUUAGGAUUGUUCUUAUCAGUCUCAACACAUGACAGGUCAAUAGAUUGGUGACAGUGGGUCACAGAGUCAGCUAUUGUUUAAAUGGUGACUGUUGCACAAUAGCCAGCCUGUUAUGGGUAAGAACAGGCAGGCAUUUCUCAACACGACCCAGUCAUCCUCCACCCAUUACUGGCCAUUUCAAAACCUACUUCUGUCUUCUCAGGAUGGGCUGUGAAUGAAUGAUUCAGCUGCAUGGUUGAGUAUGCUACGCACUGUUUCUUAAACACACACUCACACACAAGAAGGACCAAACAAAACAUUUUAACCAGUCAGAUGUUGCUGUUGUUUUCAUAUUUUUAAAUGUUUUAAAAUGAUUGUCUUGCAAAAAGAACUUGUAUAAACAAAUCUCAUUAUGAAGACCAUCUUGAAGUCUAAAUCCAGUUUAAAGAGGCCCCAAAUAUACUUAAAAUGUGUGCAUUUCAUUAUAUUAAAUAGGAAAAUAUGUAACCAAGUGGCCAAGGCCACUGUAAUUAACUUCACUUUUCUUAGCCAUUUUUGAAAUGACAUAACCAACUGUUUCCAAGGUAACUUUUAAUUAAGUCUAAGUUUACAAAGGUGGCCUCGCAGAGUAACACAUUUACUAUAGACAUUUUCCAGUAACGUAACAUCUAAAUCAAUUUUGUCUUCAUUUUGAACAGUCUUUUCAUUUAUACUUUAAAAUGUAUACUUUUUUUUUUUGUGAUUGUGCUGUCUUUAAAAUAAAUUACAUUUUGAAAUACUUUUUAGGGCUACUGUAGAAGUUUCCAGGCUU